UAUGUGUCAAUUUGUCGAUCCUCUAUACUGUUUAAAUUGUAAAAUUCGUUUGAGGUCUCCCCUGGCAAACCUCCCCAAGAUCAGCAACAUGCCAACAUCUUCGUCCUGGACACGCACCUACCUCAACUGGAAACGAGUGCUGUUGCUCUCGCUGAAGUGCGUAUACCUAAUGCUGGUGGUGAAGUUCAGCCAGAGGUGCCUGGAGAUGGCCUGUAAGAGCCAGUUGGCCCAGAGGCAGACGGAAAAAGCACAAGUGGGAUCGCAGAGCCGAGGAGCAGCACUCACUUGAUGGUCACAUGACGAUUUGUAGAAGCUGAGAGGAAGCCGGUGAAUAAACAACAGUUGGCGAAUGUC